UUUAUCUUCUUCUCCAGGUUUACACGCAACCACCACCAAAUGUCGCUCAUACCCUUGCCGGAAUCACUUGUGCCGUUCUUGGAGCCGUAUCUUCCGACUCCUAAGAUUCAACACCAAAAACGUCCUUUUGUAACUCUCACAUAUGCUCAAUCCCUAGACUCCAGAAUAGCAGCCAAAAAGGGUACCCAAACUAAGAUUUCCCACUUGGAAACUAAGACGAUGACUCAUUAUUUGAGAUCAAAGCACGAUGCCAUAAUGGUGGCAAUCGGAACCGUUCAGGCAGAUGAUCCGAAGCUCAAUUGCAGAUACAGAGAAGAUGGUAACGAUCACAGUCCAAGACCUGUCAUACUAGAUCCACAUGGAAAAUGGAACUAUAGUGAAUCCCAAUUGCGAGCAAUCUGUGAUAACAAGCAAGGGAAAGCUCCUUAUAUCAUAAUUGAAGAAAAUGUCAAACCUAAACAAGAAGACAUUGAAAUAUUACAAGAGCAGAAUGGACUCUUUAUAUAUCUUCCAUUAUCUACAGACCAUUCUGCAAAUUGGGAUCUCAUACUACAGAAGCUUCACGAUCUUGGAGUAGAAUCAAUAAUGAUCGAGGGUGGUGCUAUGGUCAUCAAUGAAUUACUAGAUUUCCACAGGACGCAGCAUGACUUGAUCGACAGUCUCAUUAUUACUGUGGGACCCAUUUUUCUAGGAAGCCAAGGUGUAGAAGUUAGUCCCAGAAAGCAGGUUAAUCUUGAAGACGUCAAGUGGUGGACUGGAGUCAGCGAUAGUAUAAUAUGUGCCAAAGUAACGAAGUAA